AUGAAUGGUGCAGAUAUUUCAUUAAUCGUUUUAGCAGGUUUUGUUGGAUUUAUUGUGUUAAUAAUUAUAUUGAAUCUUUUUUCAAAGAUCUUUAUAGUUGAAAAAGGCACAUGUGUCAUUGUAGAAAGAUUUGGUAAAUUUCACAAGAAAUGUGAUGCAGGUAUUCAUGUAUUAGUACCAUUCAUUGAUGAAAUUAAACCAUUACUUUGGAGAUAUACAACAACUUAUUAUGAUUCAAAUAUUUAUACAACAGGUAAACAAAAUUAUAAAGUAACUCAAAAAUUAAUGUAUAAAAUUGAUACAAGAGAGUCAUUAAUGGAUUUUCCUUUACAAUCAAUUAUUACACGUGAUAAUGUAAAGAUUAAAGUACAUCCAAUGUUACUAUAUCGUAUUGUUGAUCCGAUUAGAGCAGUUUAUGAAGUUUAUGAUUUAGCAUUAUGUGUAGAGAAAUUGGUUCAAACAUCACUAAGAUCAAUCAUUGGUGAUAUGGGUUUAGAUGAUACUUUAGCCUCAAGAGAGGAAAUUAAUAAAACAUUAAUGUUAAAGAUUAGUAGUAUCUUUUUAAAUUUUGGUUUUAAAUUAGAAAAAGUUGAAAUUUUAGAAAUUUUACCUUCACAAUCAAUUCAAGAUGCAUUACAUUUACAAAUUUCAUCAGAACGUGUACGUAGAGCAAAUGUAAUUUCAGCAGAAGGUUUUAGAGAACAAACUAAAACAGAAGCAGAAGGUGAUUGUCAAGCUCAAAUUUCAUUAUCAAGAGGAAGACAACAAGUUUUAAUUAUAUCUGCAAGAGCAGAGGCUGAAUCAAAGAUUAUUGAAGCACAAGCUGAAGCUGAUUCAAUUAAAAUCAUUGGUGAUGCUUUAAAAGAAUUUAACAUUGAACCAACUCAAUAUAUAAUUGGUACUAAAUAUAUAACUACUUUAAUUUCUAUGGCUAAAAAAUCAAAAUCUGUUAAUAUUGGUUUACCUUAUUCUUCUCAAAUUUUAGGUUCUGUUAAAAAGUUGUAA